AUGACUGUUGACAAAAUCAAUGCCCUUGGCAAGACCAAGCUUUUUAAGCCGCUCCAAGUGGGCGCCAACCAAUUGGCUCAUCGGGUUGCCUACGCUCCCACCACCAGAUUCCGGGCCCAGACCAACCACGUGCCCUCUGAUUUGCAAGUGCAAUACUACGACGACAGACUGAAGACCCCCGGGACUUUGCUUGUCACUGAGGCUACGGUAGUCUCGGCGCAAGCCGGGGGUUACCCGAUUGUCCCCGGGAUCUGGAGUGAAGAACAGCUGAAGGCGUGGAAGGCAGUGGUGGACAGAGUGCACGCCAACAAGUCGUUUAUCGCUGCUCAGUUGUGGAAUUUGGGUCGUACUGCUUACCCCAAGUUUCUUAAAGCUCAGGGGCUCGAUUACGUGUCGGCGUCGGAAGUGUACGACACUGAAGAACGUAGAAAGGCGGCUGAAGACGCCGAGAACCCCUUGAGAGCUUUGACCACUGAAGAAGUGGACCAGCUUAUUGAUGAAGUGUACCCUAACGCUGCUAAGCAAGCGAUGGACGCUGGUUUCGACUACGUCGAAUUGCACGGCGCUCACGGCUACUUGUUGGACCAGUUUUUGCAACCCACCACCAACAAGCGCACCGAUAAGUAUGGUGGAUCAAUUGAGAACAGAGCCCGCCUUAUUCUCGCCAUCAUUGACAAGUUGGGUGAACAAAUUGGCUACGAAAAGAUUGCCAUCAGACUUUCUCCCUGGGCUCAAUUUGAAGGUAUGAAGGGUAAGGACGCCGAGGUGCACCCCAUUGCCACUUUCGGCUACUUGCUUUCGGAAUUCCAAAGACGCGCUGAUGUCGGUAAGAAGCUUGCCUACGUCUCCGUAGUGGACCCCCGGGUGGCUACCAUGGCCGAUAGAACCGUCAACGUUGCCGAGGAGAAUAACGACUUUGUCCCCUUGAUCUGGAAGGGCCCCAUCAUGAAGGCGGGCAACUACACUUACGAUGCUCCCGAGUUCACCUCGCUUUUGCAGGAUAUUGAAAACGACCGCACCAUGAUUGCCUUUUCUCGCUACUACACUUCCAACCCUGAUUUGGUGGAACGGUUGCGCGAUGGUGAGGCGUUGACUCCCUACGAACGUGAGUUCUUCUACACUUCCUACAACUGGGGCUACAACACGUUUAACAGAUUGGGUGAAACUAAGGAGUUUGACGAAGAAAAGGAAAAGGAACACGCCCCCCAACCCGUCAAGGCCUAA